CUCUGAAUUCUGUGAGUCCACCAUGAGUUUCAACAGUCCACAUUUCGCUCCACCCUAUAAAAGAUGUGCUUACCACCUCUCGCCAACAUUAUUUAAACACUCUCUAUGUUAUUUCUUUCUCUUCUCCGACCUGCUUCACAUAUUCAAUCCAGACGACCGGUGUUUACGCUGAUCACCACCACCAGGUGUGUGUGAGGGUUCAUGGAGAGCACCGACUCAUCGACAACCUCGCAGCCGCAACUUCCGCCGGGAUUCCGGUUCCACCCUACCGAUGAAGAACUGGUGGUUCACUACCUCAAGAAAAAGGCUGCCUCCAAUCCUCUCCCUGUCCCCAUAAUUGCCGAAGUCGAUCUCUACAAGUUCGAUCCAUGGGAACUCCCAGCAAAAGCUACUUUUGGGGAACAAGAAUGGUACUUUUUCAGCCCGAGGGACCGGAAGUAUCCGAACGGGGCAAGGCCUAACCGGGCCGCGACCUCAGGGUAUUGGAAGGCUACCGGAACAGACAAGCCUGUACUGAGCUCCGGCGGGACUCAGAAGGUGGGUGUCAAGAAGGCCCUUGUUUUCUAUGGAGGCAAGCCUCCUAAAGGAAUCAAAACCAGUUGGAUCAUGCACGAGUAUCGGCUCACCGAUAACAAAGGCAACUCAAAACCUCCGGGCUGCGACUUUGGCAACAAGAAAGGUUCCUUAAGGCUUGAUGAUUGGGUGUUGUGCCGAAUCUACAAAAAGAACAAUACCCAAAGACCUAUAGAUCAUGACAUGGAUGACUACUCAGUGAGUACCAUGCUUGGAUCAAUGACAAUACCAUCUUCAGUAUCAGCUGGCCAAGUACAGACUACUCCUAAAGUUGAUGUACUGAAGGGCUCAAAUUAUAGUGCACUGCUCCAAAAUGGACACAACUUUUUUGAAGGGAUGAUAAGAGAUCAAGAUCAUGAUUUGAGGUCUGAAUCUCAAUUGUUGCUGCCAAAUUCAAAGCCGGAACUACCUCCGGUUAUCGCGACUUUGAACGCUCAAUCCCUUAAGAGGGCGGUUCCCUCUCAGUACUGGAGUGAGGAAGGUAUGGUUGGUUCUUCAUUGACAAAGAGAUUCCAUGAAGAUAGUAGUGAUGGAAGCAGCAUCGCGGCGAGGACCGAUGACAGCAAUUCUUUUGCCACUCUGCUAAGCCAGUUUCCAAACAUCCCUUUGUUUCACCCACAAACAUAUCAACAAAGCUCUCUGUCAUUCCAAAUUCCUGGCCUUAAUUGGUACACUUGAAUUAAGUUCUAGAGGUGGGUGUCAUUAGGUAGCAAAUGUUAUUUAUAUAUAUAUAUAAAUAACAUAUAUAUAUAUAUAUAUAUAUAUAUAUACUCUUCAAUACACAAUUCAUUAGUUGUUAGAUUGUUGAAUUGGGUAUUAAGACUUUGUUUAGUAAAUUUUAAAAUAUAUUUUUGGUUGUUUUUUUUUAUUAUAUAUAUAUAUAUAUAUAUGGAUAGAGUGGAAGAUCCACAAUUUUUAAGAAAACAAAACUACAGGAUCUCACAUCGGUGACUAAUUUGUGAGUGGCAUGAUUUGCCUCUCUUGAUAUAUGUACAAAAAUAAGAUGAUGAAUAUAAUAUUUUGUUAUGGAAUGCAA